AACAAAGCGGCUGGUAAAUAAGGCAGCUGCGGCUGCAACAACACCACAUUCCUGGCCAAGCUGCGAUCCGCUCAAGGCUGGCAGAUGUGCUCUGGCGGUGCUGUCUGCUAAAAUGGGCGGAAAAAGAGCGACAAGCAGCCGCCAUUGUCAUCUAAUCUGAACUUGUCUGACAGAGCGAGUGGAAGAAGAAGGGCUGUGUUUUGACAGAUUCCAGCCCUGCGAUGACGAUGGAAACUGGAUAGUUGCAGCUUGACUGGGGGGGCUAGCUAACUUUGACAGCCGACUUUCCAACCCUCCCCUCCUGACGAGAACAUUCUCAUCUUCAGAAUGAACGGAUGCUGCGGUGCUUUAGUGUUCAGCUAAGUCAGAUGGUGUUUAUUCCAUGGAAACCAGGUGCCGAGACAAACAGGGAACAAUGUUGUUAGCCAGUUAGCUAACGUUAAACUUGCUAGCUGCUAGUUAACGGACACUUAAUUAGUGGGCUGAGUUAGCCGAACUAACUCAGCCCACUAAUUUAGAUACACAUUAAGUUUAUUUUAUUUUAAUUGCUCACUACAUAUAAUUUAGUUCGAAUAUUUACUUUCCGGCAUAUGCUUUUUAAUUAAUUUAUUUAUAGUUAUUUUGCUCUAGUUAAGCUAGGUGGCUAACCAGCAGUUCUAGGCAGGGCUGUGGUUUCUCUGCAAUCUUUUGGCUGCACAAAUCGUAGUCUUAGAAAUUCGUUACUCAGCGACAGCCAUGGCUCAAGAGGCGUUCCCUUUGCAUUUUCUAGUCUGGAACAAUCAGUACUUGGAGCUCGAGAGCGAGCUGCAGGAGACAGGGCACGACGUGGAGCGCAUCGAUCCACGAGGACGCACCCCGCUGGAGCUGGCCGUGUGUCUGGGCCACCUGGAGUCCACGCGUGUGCUGCUCAGACACGCUGCAGACCCGACAUACUGCAACGCGCAGGGCUGGACCAUCUUGCAGGAGGCCGUGAGCACGGGGGACCCCGAGCUGGUGCAGCUGGUGCUUCAGUACAGAGAUUUCAAGAGAGCAACUGAGAGACUGGCAGGCAUCCCAGAGCUACUCAGCAAACUGAGACAGGCUCGAGACUUUUACGUGGAGAUGAAGUGGGAGUUCACCAGCUGGGUGCCUUUGGUGUCAAAAGUGUGUCCCAGUGACGUUUACCGGGUGUGGAAGAGUGGCUCGUGCCUGCGGGUGGACACCACUCUUCUUGGUUUUGAGCACAUGACUUGGCUGAAAGGGCGGCGCAGCUAUAUUUUCAAAGGCGGAGAUGACGGUGCCGUGGUGAUGGAGGUGGACCAUGAGAAGCAGGUGGUGUACACCGAGCCGCUCGUGUUGUCUCCGCGUGACGCUCCCUCCCUCCUUGCGGCCAUGCAACCGUCGCAAGAGAAUACAGCUCAGAGGCUCACGUCUCCCAUCGUCUCCACACACCUCAACACUCGCAACAUCGCCUUCGAGCGGAAUAAAUCCGGAAUCUGGGGUUGGCGUUCAGAGAAGAGUGAGGUCGUCAGCGGGUACGAAGCAAAGGUUUACAGUGCUACCAACGUAGAGCUGGUGACUCGAUCAAGGACGGAGCAUCUUUCAGACCAGGACAAGUCCAGAUGUAAAGGUUCAAAAACACCUCUGCAGUCUUUCUUGGGGAUUGCUGAACAACAUACAACUCAUAAUGGGAGCAAUGUGUCACAGUGUGCCAGUCCUCACAACCCAACAGCCAUCACAGCUGAGGAAUACUUUGACCCGGAGUUCAACCUGAACGGCCGGGACAUCGGACGACCCACCGAGCUCACCAGCAAAGUGCAAAAGUUUAAAGCGACGCUGUGGUUGAGUGAGACUCAUCCUUUGUCCUUGGCUGAGCAGGUGACCCCCAUCAUAGACCUCAUGGCAAUUUCAAACGCCCACUUUGCCAAGCUGCGUGACUUCAUCACCCUGCGUCUGCCGCCAGGCUUCCCAGUUAAAAUAGAGAUUCCCCUGUUCCACGUGUUGAAUGCCAGAGUGACCUUCAGUAACCUAUGUGGCUGCGAUGAGCCCGUCAGCUCUGUGACUCUGCACAAACCAGAGACGCCAGAAGAAGCUGGUCAGUGCCCCCCUCCCUUCCAAUGCGAGGUCGAUCCCUCCGUCUUUGAACCGCCUGCAGACUACACCACGCUCGGCCCAGGCCGCAGUGAGCCAAUGAGGGAUGAGGACGACAACCUGUUGCAGUUUGCAAUUCAGCAGAGUCUGCUGGACGCCGGCACAGAGAGCGACCAGGUGACCAUCUGGGAGGCCUUGACUAAUAGCCGUCCGGUUCUCCAGUCUCCAUUGUAUGAGGAAGACUCUCAGCUGGAGAGGGCGAUCCAGGAGUCCCUGACGCUCUCUCUGGCCAGCAGAGAUGGAGAAGACAUGGCCGACUCCAACCAGUCGUCUUCCGUGUCCCCUUUGGAGCCCGCCGCGUCCCCGCCGCUCUCCUACAACCCAACCAGCGACCCGCGCCUGUCUGAAAACUUUGGUGUGGCGAGCAGCUUCGAUGAACAGAUGCGCAUCGCCAUGGAGCUGUCCUGCCGGGAGCAGGAAGAGAUGGACAGGAAGCAGAAGGAAGAAGAGGAGGAGCUGGAGAGAAUCCUGCAACUGUCUCUUACUGAAAAGUGAAGAAACCACAGCAGCUGAGGCAGGUCCACACUGUGGAGCAAUCACCUUAAUUUAUUUCCUUCUGUUUUUAUCCUGAUGUGUUAAGUUAUUACAAAUAUUUAGUCUUUUCCACGAGAAGGCUGCUACCAGAUAAGAGGGAUGAGAAUGCUGAACAGAUGUGAGAGAAAUGGUUACCGUGUCAGGAUGGAUGGACGGAGAAAGGGUGAUGAGGAUGGAGGGAAAUCUUUAUUUCUUUUUUAUGGAACAGUUUUCACAUUCAAUCUGUCUUUGGGUGUUAAACCUGAAACCUACAGCAUAAUCUACUACAAAGGUGACGAAAGCUGUGGAUAAAUAUUCUUUACUAGUAAGUGUGAAAAAGAAACUACAAAGAUUAUCCUCAUUUGUACUUAUUUCCUUUCAAUGAGCACAAUUUAAUCUGUUUGUGUUUUUUUGUGAGCAGAAAUAAAUGACUUUUUAUCUGCAAAUCAGAAAAGUAAGACCUGAUCAGUGUGUCUGAACAGGAUCUAUCGUUUUUGGAAAAAUGCAGAUUUGGAGGGGUUUUGUUGUAUGUGUGUGUGUGUAACUUUCACAAAACCUAAAAUAAAUUUAAAAAAAAAACUACAAAUUCUGAAUUGCAGAAAACUGUUUUGGAUUAUUGUUAAUAAAUGACAGCAAAACACAUUUCAUCAAGUGCAUCACCAAAGCAAAAACAUUAAGAUGACACAAUUGUUGGCUAAAAACUGCUGUACUUUCUUUGCAGUUUGCUUCGUUUGCAUCUUUCCUAAAUGUGUCUGGGUUUAGAUUUUCCAAAAUGUAUUGCAGAUCUGCGCCAAAGAAAUGCUACACAACAAGCUUUAAUUUAAACACAAAAAUGAUGAGAAAGCAUGAUCAUUCGCAGAGAGUAAACGUCUAAUGAAAUAAAUUUGGUAAAAUGUGAAGUGUGACGCUCUUCACAAACAGUACUUCACUAUUUCCACUAAAUUUUUACAAACUAUUUUAGACUGGAUUUCUUUUCUUAAAUAAUAGAAAUAUACAUACAUCUUUUUUUUAUCUCAUAACAUAUAAAGUAAUUUGUGUCUAAACUCUCUUCAGUUCUGUUCCAUCUGGUUCACAUUUGAUUCAAUUCACUGAUUCUGACUGAAACUCACGUUUGUUAAACAUGUAUCUUUUCUGUGAAACAUUUAGUGUGUCAUUCUGUAUCACUGAACUAAUAAAACUGACUUUUUCCUAGUUCACUAGCAUGCCAGUAAGUGGGUAAAGCUCAUGUACAUUUAAUUUUUUCAUUUUUACAUUUCCGUCUUCCCCUUUCUUCCUGUUCAGACGUGAAUGAUUACUUUUUAUGGUUGCUCUCCACACCUUCCAGGGCUGUGAAGGUCACGGUUCAGGCUUUUGAGCUGCUAGAAGACCACCCUGCCGUCCCACUGAGGCGUUUUUCUGCAUGUUGACUUUUGAUCCCAAUGUUUCCAUCGUCACAUGAGCUGUACAGGUUUUCUCUUCGCUUCCUUAUUGCCUCCUUAAAUUCAUCGUCCUCCUGAACUAGUAGAAACAAAAUCACGCGUCAUUAAUCGGGUUAAUUAUUUAAUCUUGUUUUGAUACGAGUGGUAUUUGAAAUGAAAAUAAAAAGGAGUCAGUCACCCAGAUCGAGCCUUGGUUUGGGAGGCCUGUGAUCGUCUGGAUAAAUGUAUUCACCAGACGGGGACUCUUCUGAAUGAGGAUCCAGCUCCCCGUUGCUCUGCGACCGCAGCAUCGGGGCCACCUGUGCUUUGGGUAUGGCUUUAGAUGGGUGUGGGGGGGUCGGCAUCACCUCUGCAGGAAGGAAACAUUUGUCAGGAAGGCUUACAAACGAUCCACCGUCUGUAAAAGCCGCCUUCUGCUUUACCGAUGCGGGUGUCGUAGGCCUGGGAGGCAGUGUAUGGAUGAACACGGUAAUCGGUCUUUUCCAUGAAGUAUUCGAUUACUUCAUUCAACGAGGAUACAGAUACCUAUAGAACAAAAGCCACAUGUUCAUUUUUAUUGCAUAUAUUCCUUCAUGUUGUACACAGAACACGUCAUGAAUCUUUAAUUUCAUCUGUUUGCCCAAACAUACUGAUAAACUGAUAAACGCCUUCCAGUUUUCUUCUUUUACUCUUUGUUUUAUAUUUACUGAUAAACUUACAUCAAAUACAAACGGUUCAAAGUUCUGAGUAUGCACGUAACCAUAGAAACCAAAAGUUUGCUUUGUUUUCCCUAUAAUUGCACUGCAAAAAUCAAGCUAAAAUUCACUUCUUUUCUGUAUUAAAUCUUUUGUCUUUCAAGUUUUAGCUUUAAUGAAGUCUCUGACAGCCAUAUUCUUUAACCCAAACCCAGAUGACAUUUUAGAAAGCAGCCAAACCAUUUUCAGAGUUUUAUUUUGUUCCAGUUGUAACAGUUUGUUCUCUUAUUGUGUUUUGUUGGCCUUUUUACUUCAAAGUCUGUGCUCCUUAGCAGCAUUGGUACUUUUACUGCAACUAUAAGUACCUGGCAAGUACUACUUUUGUCUAUUGUUUUGUACUCCAUGUGUCACUCUCCCUACAAUGACCACACAACUGCAGUGUUGAUCAGCUGACUGUGUUUUCUUGCAGGCCAGGAAGAUGUUGCUUCAUUUUUGAAAUGCGAUGGUUGCGUUGAAAACUGUCCUUUUUUUGUACUCACUGGUGUGUCCAGCUCAAUGACGAACCCGGAGUUUGUGGAGGUCACCCUGUAGUUCUUUUUGACAUACCCACUGAAACAGAAUGUUAUGACAUAACACAAAAUAAAAAUAAAAAAGAAGUGCUUUGAA